AUGAGGAGAGCACUAUUCGUCGCUGAGAAAAAUGAUGUUGCAAAAGGUGUCGCCGCGAUUUUAUCAAAUGGAUCCUCAAAUCGGCGUGAGGGGCGUUCGAAAUUUAAUAAGAUUUAUACGUUACAAUCAGAGAUUAUGGGACAGCGGACCGCGAUUUCGGUGACGAGUGUUUCGGGACAUCUUAUGAAUUGGCAGUUUCAUGAAAAUAUGGCUAAUUGGCAGCUUGUGCCGAUCGCUGAGCUCUUUGAGGCGCCGGUUCGGCAAAUUGUCACCACUGAUAUGAAGUUGAUCGAGCAGACGUUGAGGGAAGAAGCCCGAAAACAUGAUAUUCUUGUGAUCUGGACGGAUUGCGAUCGCGAAGGCGAGGCGAUCGGCGCGGAAAUUGUCAAAGUGUGCCGCGACAGCAAUCGUCGGCUCGACGUGUUUCGCGCGAAAUUCUCCGAAAUCACAUCAACGGCGAUUCAUCGAGCCGCCCGGAAUCUUGUCCGACUCGAUGAUCGCAUAAUUGACGCGGUUGACUGUCGCAGUGAGUUGGAUCUCCGAAUCGGUUCGGCGUUCACGCGCCUUCAAACAUUGCAUCUGAAAGCGAGUUUUCGAGAACUUUUUGGUGGACAAGACAAUAAGCAAGUAAUCAGCUAUGGUAGUUGUCAAUUUCCGACGUUGGGAUUCGUCACAGAUCGCUACAAACUAAUCCAGAAUUUUGUUUCGGAACAAUUUUGGAAGCUUAACGUUUCGCAUACAAGAGACAAUUUAAAAGUCGACUUUUUAUGGGAUCGAAAUCGUCUUUUCGAUAGAGACGUGGUGAAUAUUCUCUAUGAUAAUUGCGCAGAAUCGAAAGAGGCUAUCGUUGAGAAGGUGACCAAGAAGGCGAAAUCGAAAUGGCGACCGCAGGCGAUGGAUACCGUUGAGCUUGAGAAGUUGGGCAUCGCGAAAUUGAAGAUGUCGGCGAAGCAGACGAUGCAGAUUGCUGAGAAAUUGUACAGCAAGGGAUUUAUUUCGUAUCCAAGAACCGAAACGAACAAAUUUCCGAAUGGUCUUGAUUUGAAGCCUCUUGUUCAAAUGCAAACUGCAUCGACGAUUUGGGGAGAUUUCGCACAGCAGAUUAUUGAGAACGGUGUGAAUCCGAGGAAUGGCAAAAAAAGCGACGAAGCGCAUCCGCCGAUUCAUCCGUUGAUUUUCGCUGACAAGAGCACACUUCAAGGUGAUGAUUGGCGGGUGUAUGAGCUGGUGGUUCGCCAUUUUUUGGCGUGCGUUUCCCAGGAUGCUCAGGGCGAGGAAACCACUGUUAAUAUUCGGGUAGGAUGCGAGGGAUUCCAUUCAAGUGGUCUCAGAAUUCGCGAUAUGGGUUACUUGAAAGUUUACGUCUAUGAAAAAUGGGGAAAUAAACUUUUGCCAUCGUAUGAGCAAAACGAGAAGCUGACAAAUUUCGAGCUCAAAAUUGGCGAUGGCAACACUCAGCCACCGGAUUAUUUAACAGAAGGUAUUGUCGGCGUCCGGCGACUGAUCUACGCGGGUAGAUUUACGAAUGCGCCUUUCGUCAUGGUCUCGCCACGUGCGAACACUUAUUUAGCUGUUUUCUCGUAAACUCAUUAUUAUUUUUUCUUUAAGGGCUUGGCAUUUUCUUGAAUUUCUAACGUCAUUUCAAAUUAA